AAAUAAAGCAGCGGAAACCGACAGAGUGGUUGUUACAGAAGUCUACACGGUGGAGAUGUUGUAAACUAAAGAGAAGAGUUUCUUACACUUUGUUCUGUCCAUGAAAGAAGUUUUAAAACCGUCCCCACCGUCACAAUGUGGAAACCCGCCGCCGGUGGAUCAAAAAGCAACUUCAGCUCAGCAGCCGCCGCCGCGGUCACCUGUCUGCUCGUGACCGGGAUGCUGGUCGUUACUGUCGGACAACCGAGCAGCGGAGACCCGGUGGAGCCUCUGGUUCCUGCAACGACGAGCGGGAAUGUCUAUUCGGCGUAUUUCAGGAAACUCACCCGGGAGAGGCGAGCGAUAAGCGACCCCCCGCUAAGAAGCGCUCCCCCCGGGCCGGUGGAGCAUCUCUCCCCGGCCGACCUGUUCAUAGCGGUGAAGACCACCGGAAGAUAUCACCGGCAGAGACUGCAGCUGCUGCUGGACACCUGGAUCUCCAGAAACAUGCAACAGACGUUCGUGUUCACUGAUGGAGAGGACGAGAAGCUGGGGAAAAGGAUGGGAGCUCACAUGAUCAACACCAACUGUUCAGCGGCCCACAAUCGCCAGGCCCUCUCCUGUAAGAUGGCUCUGGAAUAUGACACUUUUAUUCACUCUGGCAAGAAGUGGUUCUGUCACGUCGAUGAUGAUAACUACGUGAACGUCGGCUCCCUCCUAAAGCUCUUGUCUCAGUACAGUCACACACAGGAUGUUUACAUCGGCCGGCCCAGCCUGGAGCGACCAAUAGAGGCCACAGAGAGGCUCGGCACCACUGAAAUGAAGCAGGUGCGUUUCUGGUUCGCCACAGGAGGAGCAGGAUUCUGCCUGAGCCAUGGCCUCGCUCUCAAGAUGAAACCCUGGGCGAGUGAUGGCACCUUCAUGGCGACAGCAGAGCACAUUCGCCUCCCGGACGACUGCACCGUCGGUUACAUCGUGGAGGCGCUGCUUGGCGUGAGCCUCAUCCGCUCGGCAUUGUUCCACUCCCACCUGGAGAACCUGGGGCUAGUGUCAGACAUACACAACCAGGUGACUCUCAGCUACGGCACAGUGGAAAACAGCAGAAACACCGUCAGCCUGAAAGGACCAUUUUCAAAAAAUGAAGAUCCUACGAGGUUCAGGUCGGUCCAUUGUCUGCUGUACCCAGACACUGCUUGGUGCCCCAAGCCCUGGCGACUUUAACACCCAUCCAGAGACACAGACAGACCGGUGGAGGUGGGGAAUAAGUAAAUGUCUGGCUUAACUCAAUUUUCUCUGAUGGAGGAGGAAAUCACUGCAGAUAUCCAAGAACACAGAGAGGGACUCUCACCGCUGCCCUCCUCUGGCUCACCAGUGCUGAAGAAUCUCAGAAACAUUUGGACAUGCAUGUUUCCCUCACGCCCCACAGCAGUCUGAUGUUGGGAAGAGAAGAAGACUUAAGAGAGAAGAAGAAGAAUAAAGGUCAAAAACAUUAGAGUGGAAUCAAUCUUCUCAUCCAACUCCCUGCAGGAAUGCAAAAAAGCCCAUUUUUCAAAAUGUUGAAUUAUUCCUUCUUUUUUUUAUUAUACUUUUUUGGAGGUAAAUUUGUGAACAUGUUUCUUAGUUUUCCCAUCCUGCGCCCCUUACACGCUCCAGUUUUAACCAGUUUGGACUCAAUACAUGGCACCGUUACAGUGAAUAUAUGAAGGAACAUCUCAUAAUCAUUUUUUUUUUUUCAACAUAGUGAAGCAAAAUCACUUUUGAUGGUGUUAUCUGAGGUUUUAUCUUGUCAGUGUUCAGUAUUAUCUUUUUUCUGAAGUAUAUCAUCAUGACGGAGCACUUUGCUUUUUUAAUUCUGCUGUUUGCAAUUCAUUAUGUUUUAAAAAAGACUCAUCUAACUCUUUGAAAGAAAGCAAAUAAUGAGUAUUUUCCAAAAUGCACAAACUCAUUCGGAACUCCUCCAGUGAGGCCUCUGUUACAAAUUAUUCUUCUAAAAAGGUGGACAUCGCCUGCCUUUAUCCAUUUAAAUGGCUGAAUUAUGAUUGUUAAUCUUGUUAGACUGCUUUUAAAAGUGUUACACUGUAGCAGUGUAACAAAGAUAUCCCCAAAUGACUCAUGUUGGGUCGUCUUCUAUCUUUCUGUGCAUUGAAAGCAAUUGUUACAACCGAAAGAAAGAGUUAUUAAGUUAAAUUCUAUCCCUUGUUAAAUGAAUGUAUACGAUGAAUUGUUGCUUCUGAAGCGUACAUGCUCUCUCCAGUAUCUGGACUGUAUGUGGACGUGUAAUAAAAACUAUUUUUGGUCCGUUAUACA